CGAGCUGUUUCGAGCCGGGCCGCGGUUUGCUAGCUUACUUGCUUUGCUCAUUGCUAGAUUCCCUGCUACCGCGCAGUUAAAAAUCAGCCUUCGCCGAUUUCGCAUGCGAUUUCUGUUCACGCCGCUGUUGUUGACGUUGCUACAAUCGUUUUUGUCAUCAUACUUUAUAUCGCCAAUCCGGUCGGCCGGCGUCGACCUUGUGUUUUGCCAUUACCAUUUUUACUGUUUCAGUAAUACGCUCGUUCGUUUUAAUCGUUGUUUUUCGAGUCUGAACUUACUGUCAUUGUACUAAACAUUUACGCGAUGUGUUAGUGUAAUUUUCUCCUGUGCGAUUUAAUUGCACCCGGUGGUUGAUUUGAACGAAAACAAUGUCCACAUACAUCAUGCCUAGGAAGCAGUGGUACAUGCCGCCGCCACCCCCAACCUGUGGAUAUUCCUAUGACAUGACUCCCACUCCUUCUACUUCUGCGUCCACGUCCAGGGAAACUUCAGACAUAAAUAGGAUAAGUAGAAGAACAGCUGAAAAAAGAAGACGUGAUCGACUGGCAUCUUAUAUUCAUGAACUCGCUCGACUUGUACCAAUGAUCGCGAAAAGUGCCAGAAAAAUGGACAAAACAAGCAUCCUCCGACUCACAGCUACGCAUCUUUUAAUACACCAAACACUGACCAAUGGUAACAAAGAAAAAGAAUUUCCAAAAAUUGACCAAUCUUCUCUCGAUCAACUAGUUUACGAACAGUUGAACGGAUUUUUGUUGGUGGUCACUUCAAGAGGGUCGAUUGUGUUUGUGUCAAGUGGGGUUGAACAAUUGUUGGGACAUAUGCAGACCGAUCUGAUGGGUCAAUCGUUGUACAACUUGACUCUUUCUGAAGAUCAUGAUGUUUUACGCUUAAACCUGACAUGCGAGAGUACGGCGUCAAUAGAAUGGAGGAAACACUUCAACAUUCGAUUAAAACGAGCCGGCACUCGUACCGAACCACCCAGUUAUGAAACUGUUAAUUUUAGGGGCUUGCUUAAGCCUAAGAACAAUGGAUCUUCGCCUACCAACUAUAGUACCUCGAAGGAUCUCGCUCAAGCAGGCACCUCACACAAUAACUUGCUUAUCUUUUUUGUGCGUGUGUAUCGACCUGAAUUCUACAUGGAUAGGCUUGUAGAAGCAUCCAAAAGUGAAUACGUUACCAGACAUCUGCUGGAUGGUAAAAUAGUUUCGUGCGAUCAAAGAAUAUCUCUGGUCGCAGGUUAUAUGAGUGAAGAAGUGUCCGGGUUAUGUGCUUUCAAUUUCAUGCAUCGACAAGAUGUGCGGUGGGUCAUGAUUGCCCUUAGACAAAUGUAUGAUAAAGGUGAAAAUAAAGGGAUGUCAUGCUACAGACUGCUCUCGAAAACUGGUGAAUUUAUUUAUCUAAAAACCUAUGGCUAUUUGGAGAUUGACAGUAGUGGCGUUGUCGAAAGCUUCAUUUGCGUUAAUUCUUUAACGGACGAAGAAGAAGGCAAAGAAUUAACAAAGGAAAUGAAACGGAAAUAUUCUGCCAUAAUAAAGUCCAACGAAACGAACUUUGCAGGCAGAGAAGAUGUCGGUGUGCCAGCAGUAGAAGAUCCAGCCGAAUUAGAAAUGGCUGUGGCCCAUCUGAUCGCCAAUCUGCCAUCUCCCGGUGGUUCGGAAUACUGCUCAACUCCAAGUCCCCCCUGUUCCCUUCCUGCCUUCGAGAGUCAAGACUGUCAAAACAUGACUGAUACUAGUAAUAGUUCGUUAAAUCCGUUAGCCAUUAAAAUAAGUAAACAAGCGUCCAAGAGGCCGCCCCCUAACCACAUCGACGUGCAAAUGUACAAUAAACGAGCAAAAACGACCGACAACGACGUUGACCAUGUGAAUAAUAUCGAUAUCGACCCGGUGGCUGCCACUUCCACAUACCAAAUGAUCAAUACCGAAACUCCAGUUCUGUUACCACCACCCACUGCCUACCCUGUACAAGCAGUAACUCAAAACGUGAACGUCGAAUCUUCAUCAUACAAACAAAAUCACAUGAUUGGCCACAAUAUAUGACCAGUAAUUGAUCCUCACAACAGUUCGUUUCCGUACUAGUUAAAGUGUUGACCAAUGGAAUUAUCACCAGAUGACUCCUAACGCUGUCCCGUAUAAAAAAAACGAUGAAUUUUUCGAAACUCCAACUGGUCAAAAUGGUAUAACGAAAAUAUGGUGCACGCGGCGAUUUAAUUAAUUAAGUAAGGAGUUCGUUUUGAAUAGGAAAUAGUGAUUCUGUGAUGGAUUAAUUCCGUUUUUAAGUUUUCGUUUUUAAAUACACUGCACCGAUUCUAAUGAUAAUAAUUAUGAUCAGGAUGAUGAUGAGUAUGUACUUGGUGGAGUUCGGUAUUGGUGUUUUAUUCCAACGAGUGUCUUUCGGGUAACGAACCAUUCUCGAACCGAAGAAGAUGGUGAGAAGGGAAAGGGAGAAACGUUGUCGUCGUCUAUCUGUUCGUGCUAUAGCGUGUAAUGAAUUAGAGCAGUCAAGUCCGCUUAAUAUCAGUCCACCGAUCGUUGUCCGUAUUUCGUAUUCUUUUAUUGAAACAAAAAAGCCAUUACAGACUGUGUCAGUGUUAAUUAUUAUUUUAUCAGCUUGGUUUCAUUGGGUUUUCAGUGCUCCUUAACAUGAAAGGGUUUUUUUUUAAAUAAUGUUUUUCCCAUUCCAUUUUACGUUUUUAUUAUCCAUCAUAUGAUAAAAAUGAGGGCAAUGGUAAAUGUUUCGUUAAACACUCGUUUACACACAGCACCUACAUGCAUACUCUCAUGUACCAAAUUUUACCUACAAAUUGACAUAAUAAACGUACAUAUGUAUAUUAUAUAUUGAAAGUAUAUAAUAUGUAAGUACACGUUUUUGAUGCUAACAAAAAGUGUCGUGGCAACAAUUUCCAUUUCGUUUUUUGGAAUAAUAAAACAAUGAUCAUUUGCCGUAGUAGUUACGGUGUAAUUGUCAUUAUUUUAUUUAUGAGAUAUGUAUUUUUCUAUUGUAAAACAAUUGUCACAUAAAGAUUAAGAUGAUGAACUUAUAAAAAUACAGCUUAGUGUCUCUACCGUUAUAUCAAUUAAUUUCUUUUCUGCAACGUGUCAGUUGUUAAGCACUGUUAUUGAAUAUGGCUAGAAAGUUAUUUACUCUUCCUUAUUUUUUGCAAAUUUCUUUUAUUCGUAUUUAUUGCAUUACAUGGACAUAUUAAACGUUAUAUAUUAUAAUUUUGCUUAUUUUUUUUUUUUUAUUGUUUUAAA